CAGCGGUCCGGGGGGGACGGGGGGGGGGGCCUCCCGCCCCGCCCCGCCCCUCCCGGCCUCCCGGUGACGAGCACAAAGCGAAAGUAACAUGAAACACUUCUCCUCAAGACUUUCUGCAGGACAGAAGCAACGGGGCCCCGACACGUCACAAAUGAGAACAUUCAGCCUUAGAUUCUGAUUAAAACCUCAAGCUGUUCCUUAAACGACAUGGAGUCUCGAAGCGGCCUGAGCAGCAGAUGACGAACCUGGGAGGAGUCGGCGAUGGAGGACCUGUUGCCAAAAAGUGGAGGAACUGGCGCAAGGGCUUCGCCUUUGUAGGAUGGUCAGAGACAACCUGGAUAAAACAGUACAACACAGUGAAAAACAAAACGACGCUGCGGAGUCACCGAGCCCGAGUCGUCACGCCGAGGUACCUGCGGGCCCGGAACAGAGCGCGGAGAGAGCUACGCCGGACGGCCAAGAGCCAACUGAGAGACAGCUGGAUUUACUGCACUUGAGCAAACUUAAGUUUGAGGAACAACAUGAAACCAGGCACCAGGCCAGUAUCCCCAGUGAAAACAAUCUGGUGACUGACGGUGACGCUGACAGCUUGCCCACACACCUCCGUCCAUUCAGCAGCCAUGCCGAGUAUGAACUGGUGAAAGGCACGUACCAGCAGCUCCGCCACAGCGGUUACUACUGGGGACCGAUGACCAUGGAGGAGGCACACGACAUACUCUCACAGUCAUCACUGGGCACCUUCCUCAUCAGAGACAGCGGCCAGCCGGACGUCUUCUUCACUCUGAGUUACCAGAGCGAGGAGGGCCCGACCAGUGUUCGUGUGCAGCUCAACAACCUGCUGUUCAAUCUGCACGGCAGCCAAAGGAAAUUCAAGUCACUCUUCGGUCUGCUCACCUAUUACACCAGCUUGUCCUGUAAGCUGACGGUGCCCUAUCGCCGGCAGCGUCCGGAGAGCCUGAAGCAGAAGUGCAGGAGGGCUUUAAUACGAGCAUAUGGAGCCGAGAGUACGAGCACCUUACCUGGACUGAGCUUUCAAGUUAAAAACUAUGUCCACGCGUACCCGCACUGUAUAUAGACGCACGUGUGCCUGUUGCUGUAUAAAGAUGUUUUGUGUGUGUUGUGUUUAAAAAAACCACAGUAUUUGACUUUUAGGAUGGCACGUCGGUUCAGUGGUUAGUUCUCUUGCCUCGCAGCAAGAAUGUUUGGUCGAGGCCUUUCUGUGUGUUGUUGAGUUUAUUGGUGACUCUUAAUUGCCAAUGUGUGGUUGUUUGUUUCUAUAUUGAUAACCAACGACCUGUCCAGGGUGUACAGUACACCGCCUCUCGCACAAUUGUUUUAUCUUGUUUUUGUUAACUGGACACAAUUUCAGCAAAUCCUAUGUAGUGAAUGCACCACGCACCUCCAUGAUACAUUGUGAUUGCAUGAAAAAGUGUGGACAUUCCUGCUGCAAUUUUUUUUUAUAUUUUUAUAUUGUUAAUGAGUAAAAGAUGACUUGAAUUCCAAAGGUGUAACUUAUUAUUUUUUUUUUGAGUAAAAGUGUGACCACACUCAAAAUAACUGGUAUGUAGUAAAAGCCUUGGUACAGCUCUGUAUGUCAGAAGGUGACAAUGUCUAUGGAUAUGGUUCAUACUCUGAAAUAAAUGUAUUGUGAAUUUAA